AUAAUCAUUGUCGCAAAUUCAAUGAAAUUGAUCAAUUUUGAGUUUUGCGCGAUGCAUAUUGUGGUACAAAAAAGGUCCACAUUUUUUCUGUUACAUAAUUUAGUUUUGAUUAAGGAAAAAAACAUGAUUGUACUUUCAUUGAUAUCGUAUCAUUCGUUUGUGUCACGAUCGGAGAGCGAGUUUGAAAAUACUAAUCAAAAUUUUAAGGUUGAAUAACAGUGUCAUUUAUGUCAUCGAUUAAGACAACCUAAGUCACUGUGCGAUGUUUUUUCCUUCUAGAAAUCCGGUUUUAUCUAUGGAUAAUUUCGAGAAAUUUCGAGAGAUUAAUAAAAUUAUUGAUUGAAAUUAAUGGGCUUCAUAAAAAAUCACAGUUUAAAUUUAUUUUGCUUAUGAUUUAUUGUACGAGACAUUUUUAAUCGUGCUAAUGAAAAAUUUCCAUAAAUUUCAAAUGAUAUAAUGCUCUAUUUUGAGUCUGAACGUAUAUAAAUCGAACUUUAAGUUUGCAAUGGCACGAUCAAGUAUUUUCAAUUAGUCAUCGCAUAUGUUUUGAAUUGGCUUCCUUUUUUAUAUAUAAAUAUAAAUGGCAUGAUCAAUUGUUUACUGAUUUUAAUGCUUUUCGUAACGGUCUUUUGUAUGCUUUUUAAAGUUAUCGAGUGCAACCACAACACAAUGUCACAUGAUUUCAAGUGUUAUCAAUCAAAAAUGAUCAUAGAUCUCAAAACUCAGACGCACAAUGUUAUAUCUGCUAAAAAAUCAUCGUUUAUCGACUGUUUUAAAAUAACUGCUACUCACGAUGACACGUUUUGUUUUAGUUUCUUUCGGUUUAUUUAUAUAAUAUACUAUAACGGUCACACUUGUGUCUUUCUUCUUCUUAUCAAAUUAGAUAUACAAUAUUUUUGGCAAUGUUGUCAGGGUGGCAAAGUAUUCAUUAGCUAUUUAUUAGAUCCUGCCAGUAACCUUGGCCAUUUUGUUGAAUAAAUAUAAAUCGUAUGAACAUUAAUCUUCAAAAAAAUUAUUUCGUAUAUUUCGAAAGUACACUGCUUAUGUUGAGUCUAUUGAUUGUCACUCGUAGACUAAAUUAUAAGUAUAAAAUCCAUUAGCAUCGUGGUUUUAAACGAUGACGAUGUGUUUUAUGUUUAAAGAUCACAAUAAUUAUCGUAGAAUGACUCAUGUAAAUAAUUUAUGUCACAAUAUGCCAAUUAGCUCCGAAAAAAUGUAAUGACGCGCUGCAUGAUUGGUGUACACAUGUGACUUUGUCAAUACGGUUCUACUCGUACAAUACAACUUUCCUUACAACGUAUUAGUAAAUAUAUAAUAAUCCACCGUGUUUCUGUAAAAUUAGAGUCUAUAAAGUGAAUAAGUUUUAUUGCAGUUGCUAAAUAAUUAAACUUAUAGCAUCUUCCCGGGUUUUUGUAUUUAGUUAGCUAAGCGUAAAACUUUAUUGCCUCUCGGGGAAAACAGUUUAAGAAAAAAAAGUAGUCUGUAUACACGUGCGAAAGUGGUCACUAAGAAAGACCUCUCACUUUCACCUUACGUUACAAGAAUACAAAUAGUUAACACUACGAUCCGUGGAUUAUCACUUUACGCAUGAUAGGCAUAUCCUGCAGCAGCAUAGGUGUCGCCCUGUUUCUGCUCUCGGUGGUAAUCUGCACAAUCAGUGAAGCCGCCCGGUAUCAUGCCAAACACACGAUAUUCGUCUUAUCGAGCGCGAUAUGGGCCACAUGUCCGAUUCCGCUGAUGUUUUUCAGAAUGCGCGAUUGGAGAAACGCACUAAUACCAGCCUGGGGUGCGCGUCAAACUGGAAAAUUAAUCGGAAUUAACUACAAAAUUCGGGGCAAAGAGAACAUCGUCAAAGACUCUGGUGCAGUCGUACUCAUUAAUCAUCAGAGCAAUCUCGAUCUUUGUGUGCUUGCGGAACUAUGGCCCGUAAUGGAAAGAUGCACAGUUAUAUCGAAGAAAGAAGUCAUGUACUUUGGCACAUUUGGACUGGCGAGUUGGCUUUGGGGCACGAUUUUCAUUGACCGUAACAAUAAGAAAGAGGCUCAAUCAACAGUUAAUUCAACAGCCGAGAUCAUUAAAAAACGAAAGGCAAGAGUACUCAUUUAUCCAGAAGGGAAAAGAUAUGGUGGACCAGAACUAUUGCCAUUUAAAAAAGGUGGAUUCCACGUAGCCAUCGAUUCUCAAAUGCCUAUCCAACCAGUAGUUGUGUCAAGAUACUACUUUAUAAAUUCAAAAUUGAAAAAAUUCGAUUCUGGUACGAGUUACAUCACAAUUUUACCCCCAAUACCGACGGAAGGUUUGACGAAAGAAGAUAUACCUAAGUUGAUAGAUGAAGCUUAUGAGAAAAUGAACAAAGUUUAUCAAGAAUCAACACAGGAGGCUUUAUCCGUUCACAUGGAGGCUUUAAAGAUUCAGUAAUCUUAUACGAAGAAUAAGAUUUUCUGUGGUACUCUUGGUCGUGUACAUGAUUCAUAAAUGCAGUGCGCGUUCAUGUGUAAAAUUUAAAUAGUUUUUCAUGUAAUUUUAUAGAUUUGUAGACUAAGAUUUUAAGAUAAUAUCAUGUAGUUCUAACUCAGUGCUUGUUCAGGAUUAGAUACUGAUUUAACUUUAACAUUUUUUCUCAUCGUUGUGGCUUUUAAAAUAGCUGUUAUACUUCGACUAUUUGAUGUUUCUUGAAUUUGACGAAAUUAAUUUAACGUGCCAUUUACGGAAAAUUUUUUUUAUGACUUUCAUCGCAUUUUUUAAAUAGUAUUACAUAAAAAUGCUUACUAUUUCCAUGUUCGUGAAAUUUGGGAUACUGUAAGAUAAAGAACUGUCAUUAAAUUUAUAGAAAGUACAAGCACUAUUAAGGUAGAGUAUAUAAUGUACCUUUUUAAUGUGAUAUUAGGGUCAGGUAUUAAUAAUCCGCACAUUUUUUAUAAGUAUCAAGGAAUAUCACAAAGUAAAAACUCACGAUCUUAUAAAAAUAACGAAUAGAAAAACUAUUAAUUAUUAAGAGACUGCGUUUUAUCAUAUGUUUUACAGAUAAUUUAGGGUUUAAAACGUUACAGAUAUAAUUUUUUUAAGCAGUAUAAAGUAGAAUUUUAUAAACUUGUUAUAUAAUAUGUAAGUAUGCACUUAUUGCUCUUUUCAUUCCGACAACGUGAUUGUUUGAUUAUUGAAGCCUAUAAAUACCAAAAAGUGCCAUUCCAUGCUAAGCAAAUAAAUUUCAUUUUUGCUCAGAUGUACUAAUGUAAAAAUAAAACGAUACGUUUUAUCAUGUUUAAAUAUUGCUAUAAUCGAUAAACUUGUUUUCAUCAAAAAAUUUCAUUAACGAACAGAUAAAUGAAAACCUGUGAUAAUAGAUACAGGACUCUGUAUCGAAUUUUUUGUAUUUAUCAUUUACAUAUACUUUCAAACGAUUUUAAUUGUCGAAUAAAAAAAGAUUGAAAAUAUUUUCAUUUUUCAGCUGAGCCAUCAACGUAUUUUUCUCUCUUACUUUUUUUAUUAUCGUUACAAUCGAAAACAUUAGCGCACAAAUGAGAUAUUUUUCAAUCAGAGGGUCAAUGUUUA